AUGGAUCCUGCAAAGAUUGAGGUAGUUACAAGUUGGGCUUGUCCAACCACAGUUAGUAAGGUGUGGAGUUUCUUGGAGUUAGUAGGCUACUAUAGACGAAUUGUAAAGGACUUCUCUCACAUAGUCGUCCCAUUGACUCAGUUGACCUGGAAGGGAGCAGCAUUUGUUUGGAAUGAGGCUUGUGAAAACAGCUUCCAAGACCUCAAGCAGAGGUGGGUUUCAACCUCAGUUCUUACAGUACUGGAUGGAUCAGGUGGUUUUGUCAUUUACAGUGAUGCGUCCAAGAAGGGGUUGGGAUGCAUAUUGAUGUAG